UAUAUUUUGUCGAAAGGUUGGAUUGCAGGCGCUACUGAAUGGUAGAAACAAUUCUCCAAUAAUAUUUGUGCUGACAUACCAAUCAGAAAUACGUGGCACUAUGGCCUUUGAUGGGCGGGUCGUAAAGACCUAUGGACGCCUCAAACAGAAGACAAUAAAACAAGACAACUGGAUUUCACCAAACCUCUUAACAGGACGACACAAGAUAUCCAACGUUUUCAGCUCACCCGAUAAUGAUUCAAAUGCCUCCUCAGAUGCCGCUGCAAUAAAUGUGUCAGAGAAAGAAAACAUUCUUCCUGCUGAUAUUGUUGACAGUAAGAAACCACAGAGAAAAGCAGCAAAGGAAGCCAAUGCUGCACUUGAGGAAUAUGCCAAGGAAGAUAAUGAUGCCAAGGAAGAUAAUGAGGGAAAGACAGAUGCAUCCAAAGAAAAGAAUUCAAGAGGGAACAAAAAUGGAAAGGGCAGACAGUUCUCUAAACUGAGCCGGCAGUACAAGAAAGUCAAAGCAAACAGCAUAGAGGAAGAGGAGGAGAAUGACCUUGAUGUGUUAAAAAAUAACAUGAAAACUGGAAGGAUAUUGAGAGGGAAAGUGGGAGCUAAGGCACCCAAUUCUUCAUUUGAUCUGAUCUUCAAUAUCGCAAAAGAGAAGAAAACCAGUAGCAGUAGUGAUGAUGUGACCAGUCCCAUCUUGAAUGAAGAGAUAGUGGAUGGAUUAACACUUGGUAGUGGGAUGGUGGAGACCAGUACACCGUGUGAAGCGCAUCAACGUAGCAUCAGUCAAUCUCUUGGUAACAGAGGCUGCAUCACAAGACGCAGAGCUAAGCGUGAUGUCCCAUUCUCGCCGGGCAGUCAUGGACGUCGACGUGCGAAACGUCAGAGGGUUGUCGUUCCUCAGAUCUUAAGCUUCAGUGAUGAUGAUUCAUUUCUCUUUGCACCAAGAAGGUUAAGGACUAGGCAGCAUGAUCAGGUGUCAGAAGUGGCAUCUCGUCUUUCUGCUAUCCAUCUAGAUGAGUCUUCGAUGGAUGAUUCAUAUGAGCUUUGCAGGACUCGUGAAUGCAGUGUGAAGCUGAGCAGGAUAUCCAAUGAGUCCAUAGAAGAGCUCGGACAUGGUUCCAUGGACCUGUUUGAUGAUGAGGACCAUGAUUGGGAACAAGAUCUAGAACAGGAUCCAGAACAAGACCAAGGUACAGGUUUGAAGAGUGGGGUCAGACUUCGUUCUUGUCAAGUUUCUUUGGAAAGGAUAUCGCUUAGUUCUGGCAUUUGUUCUGAUGCAGCAGAAGUAUCAGGAGACCAUGAAUCACUGUGCCAGUCAAAGAACAAUCAUCGGCCCUUCCUUCGAGAAAGGAAAGAUACCAUGUUAGAUGAACCAAAAACUAUCAAGACACCUUUAGUCAAUAAAAGUAUCAGCAGGCUUGCUCUUGACAGCUUCAAGGUUGCCCUUACACCGACUAGGAACAGGAAGACCGGCAAGCUGCUGUCCCCUAAAUGUAAGGUGCUCGCCCAGUGCGACCAGGAAGAUUUCAUCACCUUCUCAGCUUGUAUACCAUCAGCCAUGAUGAAGAAGUGUGUCAAGAUUGGUGAAGGGGUCUAUGGUGAGGUCUUCAGGACCACCAACAGUAGGAAGUCCGUUGCUCUCAAGAUCAUACCUGUUGAAGGGGACUUCCCUGUGAAUGAAGAAAGUCAGAAACCAUUUGAAGAGAUCCUCCCUGAAAUUGUUAUUUCAUGGGAGCUGAGUGUACUUCGAGAAGGUGAGGAUACCAUGACAACAAACUUCAUUGGGGUCAAUCGUGUGUCAUGUGUCAAGGGGUCAUACCCUAAGAAGCUUCUUGAUGAGUGGGACAAAUAUGACGACAGGAAGACCUCAGAGAAUGAUAGACCUGAUAUAUUUCCAAGUGAUCAGUUGUUCAUCAUCUUUGAGUUUGCCGAUGGAGGCAAAGAUCUUGAGAGCUUUGAGUUUGAGAACAUCUACCAGGCAGUUAGUGUGAUAAGACAGGUGACUGGAGCCUUGGCUGUAGCCGAGAGAGAGCUGGAGUUUGAGCAUCGUGACCUGCAUUGGGGCAAUGUGCUGGUUGGAGACACCAAGGAUGAUCAGGUGACCUUUACGCUAGAUGGUCAGGUGAUCUCUGUAGAGUCACAUGGUUUGCACAUCAGCAUCAUUGAUUUCACCCUGUCAAGAUUACAGAAAGAUGAGUGCACUGUAUUCUGUGAUCUCGCCGAAGAUCCCACCCUCUUCACUGGAGAGGGCGACAAACAGUUUGAUGUUUAUCGAUCUAUGAAAGAACACAACAACAACAAAUGGGAAGGAUUCCAACCCAAGACCAAUGUCUUCUGGAUAGAGUAUCUCCUGGAUAAGGUCAUCUGGGAGAAGAAAUACCCUUCAGACCGAAGCCAGCGGAAAGUCCUAGGCCAACUCAAGACCCUGGUCAGGGAAAUUCAAGAGUAUUCCAGUGCAGAAGAUGUGCUAAAGAACAGUGACCUGUUGAGGAUAGGGUGAUUAUUAUCAUCUAGAGACUUAGCUAGUACAAUCUUUGAGGUCUUAGACCAACUCAACCCUGGUAAGAAAGAUCCAAGACUGGUAUUCCAGCGCAGAGGAUUACUAAAGAACAGUGAUCUGUUGAGUAUAGGGUGACCAUCAUCAUCAAGAGAUCUAUUUUGGACUCAAGGAUACAACUGUUAUUGCCAGGAUAUGUCUCGAUCCCAUAAACGUAUUGUUCACUAGCCGAUAGAUGCAUGCAAUUUGCCCAGUAUUUUAUUGGGACAGUCCAGAUGGUCUAACUGCCAGCCACUCCAGCCAAUAUGUCCCUUAUUUUUGUGGAAAAUCUGUCUGUACUUAUGUGAAACUCUGCAGUGUCCCUAUUUUCAGCCUUCUUUCUUCCCAAUUGUCUCACUUUCUUGGGUUUCAGGGUUAACAGGUAUGGUGGAUACACAUGUACAAUUGAGGCCACAAGUUUACAUACACCCAGGAAAUUCAAAGAAAAGUUGACACUUGCAAAAUAUCAUAAAAUUUACUGUAUUUUUGCUAUCAUGACGAAUUUGAUAUCAAACAAAUGAGUAUGUCAUGCUCCUUCAUCACAUUGCUUUGUCAUCAGGAGCUGAAAAAUAUUUAGGUUUAAUUUUUCCCCCAAAAUCUUCGUAUUUUAGACAAAUCAAAAUAAAAACUUGACAAAAACAUUUCAUAUUUGUAUUUGUGCUAGUUACUUCUCAACACAAACAUUUCAGAUUACGCUUUUUUGUUCAGUGGCGACAUAUCAUGAUAGAAAAUGAUCAUAGAUAUGACAUUUAUAUAUUUCUAUGAAACGAUGUUUGAAAGUAUAUAAACAAACAAUAGAAUACAUUUGGAACGAUUACUUAUUUUUCUUCUAAGAAAAUUCCACCUGAAAUACAUGUAUACUUUAAUCCCAACGGCAUCUCGGUCGUGUGAAAGAGCCUAAUACACUUUCAUUUGAUGCCAAAUUCGUCAUGUUAGUAUUUACAUUUCUGAAGAAAUAGUAAAUUUUACGAUAAUUGGCAAGCGAACAAAUUUCAUUGAAUUCCAUGGGUGUAUCUAAAGUUUUGGCCUCAACUGUAUAUAUCUUGCUUGCUGAACAAUCUUCUCCUCACAGGAAAUACCUUGCAGCUUGAGAUCCUGUUCCAUAAAAGUUCCUAUUAUGGUAACUCUGCCAUCCAGGGCCCCGUCUUACAAAUAGUCACGAUUGAUCCAAUCAAUCGUAACUCUUUGGAAAUCCAUCAGUGUCAUAAUUUUUUCUACAGGAAAUUUGCACAAUUUCCUUUGUAAAAAAAGAGAAGCACAGUGAAUUUUCAAGAAAACAAAGAAUGCAUGAAUAUACAUCACAGCUAGAAAAUAUUUUGAACAAACAUGCAUAAUAGAGGUUGAUGUUGCUGGCCGUCCAUAGUUGUGAUUGAUCGGAUCAAUCGCAACUCUUUGUAAGACAGGGCCCAGUAGUAACUACCAUGGUAGCAAUGCUCAUUGGCCAAUCAAAUUCAAGUAUUCCUUGAAAGUUACCAUUGAAUGGCAAAGUUACUUCACUUUAAUUAGACCAUAUUUCAAAUGUAGACAUUUCCUUGUAGAUCCUGGAAUGUCCUUUGCAUGGAAUCAAUUUAUUUCUGUUGGGUUAAUAUUCAUUUGCCUUACUUUUACAUGAGAAAAUUAUUUUUUACAGUAUACCUUAUCUUAGAUUACAUUUAUGAACCUUGAUUUCAAAAAGUAAGACAUGUAUUCCACAACCUGAUUUGUGCAGUUUUUAUGAGUUGAAAAUGAAAGCCUGUACUCCAGGUUGUAAAUAAUCUGAUUUGAACAGAUGAAGUAAAAUUAAACAAAUAAAACACUGACAAUUUUAUUAAAAUCAGACAAUGAAUAACACAAUUACAACAUGUUUAAAUUUUGAAUUAUUUGGUGAAAUACUGAGAUGCAUGUCUCUAUAAAUAUGCAAUGAGCAAGCUGAUAAUGUCAUAUUCCCACUUAUUAUUUUGCAUUUUAUUUAAUGGAUUUAUAUUUAUUAAAAAUGUAUCCUUCCUGAAGAAUGAAUAAAUAUUGGAUUGACAAAUUGUGUAAUGUGUAAAAUAAUGUUUGCUGCAACUUAUUUAGUUACAAAGGAGACAAUGCAUGAAAAUGUAAAAUGAAUAAAUAAUUUAAGUAAUUAUGACUUCAUAUAGUAUCAUAAGAAAAUUUGAGAGUGGGGACAUAAGAUCAUAAGCCUGCCUAUUGCACAUUCAUGAUACAGUGCUGUUUUCACAAAAUAUUGCUUAACUUUAAAAUUCAAUAACUUUGUUGUCAGAUUUUGAUGGAAUAUUCAUCAUUUUGCUCUGAAUUUUACUUUAUUUAUUACAUUAGGGGAAUACUGAGAUCAUACAUUUAAAUCUACGACCUGUUAUGAUAUGCUUUACAUUGUUCUUGUUUGCUUCAAUAGAUUAAAGAUCAGGUUGAGUUACAGGAUAAUGGGUACUUGAAUUUAAAAAAUGUUGUGAGCUAGAAUGAGAAUCACUACGCUAUAUGAGUGAUGCUAAAUUCUGAAUUUUCAUUUCAAAUGUAGAGUAGUUGACCUUCUUUUGAAAUGAAUUUGGUUAAUAAGUACCAGACAAAUAGUUGUUUGUAUGUGGGUACAGUUUGAAAUCUUUUCAUGAGUCGAACCAGUUAAUUUUUGGUUUCUACAUCAUGUCAUGCAAAAUGCCAUGCAUUGGUGUUGAGAUAUCUGCCUUUGUGAAUGGUCAUAGCAUUGUAUAAAAUUAGCAGUUAAUAUAAUUCAUUUGAAUUUUUACUACAAAUUUAGCUGAAAAUUGGUCAUUGAUUAUCUAUGAUCAAUAUUGGACAAUUGGUAACAUGACAUUCUUGUCAGGAAUGUGUCAGUAGAGAUAUGGUAUACAGAAUUUGAAUAUGGUCCAUUCAAUGGUUAUCUCAUGAUUUUUAAGGAAUUACUUUUUAUUUAUUUGGUUCCCAAUUCCCUAUUGGUUUUGUUAUUUUUGAUAAUAAUAAUGAUAAUUGGCAUUUAUAUAGCACUUUAUCAAUCUACGACUGCUAAAAGCGCUUCACAAUUUAUAUUACCCGGUCACUGGAUUCAUAGCAUUUCAAGCAGCCUGUUAGGCACACACUUGCUAAACCAACCACAAUGAUGAUUGUUUCCUACCGGUACCCAAUUAGCACCUGGGUGAGAGUGGCAAAGUGUGGAUUGACGCCUUGCCAAAGGAUGCUAGGCCAUGGUUGGAUUCGAACACACGACCCUCUGAUUACAAGGCGAGAGUCAGAACCGCAACACCAUGACGCUUCCACCGAUCACUUUCAAACAAUUACCUUUGACCAUAAGUAUGUCUUGUUACAUACAAAGGUUUGUUGUUUUAGUCAAAAUCAAGUUACAUUUCUUGAUAUAGAAAAGUUUUCAUUUUACAUGUACAUGUCUGCUUUUUUAAUGAUUUAAAAUAUAUUACAGUUUAUCUUGGAAAGGACAAAGACAAUCAAAUAAACCUUCGAAUAUCAACCCUUACCAAGCAAACUUUUCAUAAGCUGAAAAAUUACCGUAGUGCAUUGUCUAAUUGAAGUAGCUUGUACCUAUUUUCAUUAGGGUUGCUCACCAUAUAAGUAUUAUUUCAAAGUAAUAUUAUUUCUGUGGCCAGUUUUGUAAUCAAUGUUUUGUAAUUAAUUUUAAAAUGGAAAUGGUACAUUUUACAUAUGUGUACUUGUUACAAUAAUAACCCAAAUCAGUUGCAUUUUUGGGGGCUUCAGAUUUUAAUUGAUUAUAAACAUCUAUUUACUGGGGCUCUCAAGUCCCAGCCAAUUUGUCUUACAUAAAAACGAUUUGUCCAUUUCUAAUCAUGUGUGUCAACGUUUUUGUAGAUUUGAUUUGUGCAAGAUCUUCUGUUGAUAUUGUACUGGAAGCUGGAGUAUUUUUUUUUUACUUGGGAUAUUGGGUAAACCAACUUUUUGUAUAUAAAAACGUAUGAUAAAUAUGUAUAUUUUAUACCAAUGUAAGUAAUGUAAAUUAUAACGCUGAUAUGAUGCACUGCGA